AUGAGUUCGAAUCUCUGUGCCGAGGGGGGGGGGGAAAUUAAAUGCAAUGAAAAAGCCGAUGCCCUUGCAAGGAAUGGAGCAGAAUUUCCUAUAGUAGGUCCGGAACCUACAAUAGGAAUAUUCAAAAAGCAUCAGCGGAAAGAAGUCCUUGAUUGGACCUGGAAAAAAGCAGGUAAAGAAUGGAGGGAAUGCAUAGGGCUUAGAGAAGCAAAACAAUUUUAUCAAAAGCCCCUCUCCCUCCAAAACAAAGUGGCUGCUGGGCCUAACUAG